GACUCGCACGUGUUAACGACCACCUGAUCUUUAUUUACAACCACUCGGUUACAGCACACCUACAAUAUACUUCAGUGAUCAAUCCUACGUUCACUCACACACAAUGCUAUACUUUGUAGGUUUAGGGCUGGGAGACGCAAAGGAUAUCACAGUGAAAGGGUUAGAGGUGGUUCGAGGAGCAAAGAGGGUGUAUUUAGAGGCAUAUACAUCCAUUCUCACAGUUGGUAAAGAAUGUUUGGAGGAGUUUUACGGCCGGGAUCUGAUUCUGGCCGAUAGGGAUAUGGUGGAACAACAGUCAGAUGAACUUUUCAGAGACGCAAAAACUGAAGACAUCGCAUUCCUCGUGGUUGGAGAUCCGUUUGGUGCAACAACUCACACAGAUUUAGCCCUGAGGGCAAAACAAGAAGGGAUAGAGUACAGGGUGAUUCACAAUGCAUCAAUUAUGAAUGCGAUUGGCUGCUGCGGUCUACAGUUGUACAACUAUGGUGAGACAAUCUCCAUUGUGUUCUGGACGGACACGUGGACCCCCGACAGCUACUACGAUAAGAUUGCACGAAACAGAGCCAUGGGUUUACACACGCUGUGUCUUCUUGACAUUAAGGUCAAGGAACAAUCCAUUGAGAACAUGAUGAGAGGGAGGAAGAUUUAUGAACCACCUCGUUACAUGACGGUCAGCCAAGCAGCUUCUCAACUCAUUAAUAUCGUUGAGAGGAAGAGAACAACGGAGAGUCAAGAAAAACUAGCACUGAGUGAAGACACCAUCUGCGUAGGAGUCGCACGCGUCGGAUCCGAGUCGCAACAAAUGGCAGCUGGAACCCUUCAGCAACUGGCAACGGUCGACCUCGGUGAACCGCUUCACUCAUUGAUCAUCACAGGCCAUAUGCAUCCAAUAGAGUUAGAGAUGUUAAAACUGGUUGCCGUAGAACCGGCAGUUUUUGAUCGGUUGUUGGAAGAAGCGGAGAAGAGGUGAAUGGAGGAAUAGGUGGAGGGCUUACAAGGGACCAGCUAAAAUGUAUUGUCUGUUACCUCGGAAACAGUACUACUUCUCUGAACUAACUAAAUAAUGGAUAGAUUAAUCCGCCAAGCGACGCCUCAACCAAGCUCAUUGACUGUACAUUAAAGAUUUAUUAUCCAUGACAUUACUUCCAAAUCACAUCAGGGACACAACAUCCAUCCUUCAACACAUACAGGUCACUUCUGAAAGCCCACUUGUUUCGAAGGCCGCCCGUCAAUGACUUAUUUAUUUCUUCUGUGCCUAAGCACCUUUAAGCAAACCUUUGAUUUGGGCGCUUUAAAAAUUAUUUAUGAUUGAUUGAUUUGAUUAAAGGCUUUGAGACUUUGCUUCACUCACUAAUGACGAGAGACACAUAACCAAAAGUAUCGCUCACCAACAGGCCAACAUUUACAUGUUGCAGUCAGGGAGAUUUUGUACAACAAUCAGAAGGGAAUGAUACUUGAUAUUUAGAGUUUCAUUCAACUUUCUUGAGGAAAAGCUUUCAGGGAGAUUUUUAAAUUUGUUCACCAGAUCACCAUCUGGUAUGCAGAUGUCUAAGUAGAGCAGCGAAGACGCAAUAAUUUGCCGACAUAGCACCGAGAAGACCCACAGCACCUCGCCAGCCAUAAAGGUUGAUUAGGGCGCUAUGUAAGUUUGGGUAUUAUUAUUAUAUGGAAAGAGUGGUUAAUUUUGAGGGAACUUGAUGCAGAAUCAGGAAGAGUUGGCAAUUCGCACCAAUCAUUGAUGUAAACUAAAAUAUUCAGAUUUUUCCUUGAUACUGUACGUAUGUAGUUAUAAAAAAAACCAUAAAAUUAAUAUCUAUCAUAUAAGACAUGUCUUGUUUAGCGUCUAGAGGUCGUUAUGCGCUGGAGUAAACAUGGUAAAAGAAAACAAAUGAAAACUUCAUUUAAACGAAUGUGUUUUGACCAGUGUUUUGAAUUAGUUAGUAGUUUCAGCAAGUUUAACAGCAGCAAAUAAGUCCAAGGCAUGUAGAUAAUGUGACAUCACAUAAUUACAAAAGAGACUGCGGCCAAUUUCACAAAACGCUAGGAUUAAUCCCAUCUCGAUUUAGGACGAGUAACUUGUCCUAUCUUAGG